AUGACAAGAGACCACGUGAAUGGCUACUCUGAAACACACAAAGCCUUUAGUGGGAUAUUGCCAGAUUUAUUCACCGUCUACCACUAUACCAACAAUGAUAUCAUAACCAAAAAAGUCUUGCCCAAGAAUUUCUAUGAACCUAGUCCUGCCAAAAUAAUCUCCUCGUUGAAGGACAAAGAUUCAAAAGAGUUUACAAGUAUAUCUCAACAGUAUCAAGAGGGCAAAUACCACUCAUCACCGUAUAAAUUGUAUCAUGAUAUUAAGGCAGUUUCGUCAAUUUUGUUAGAUGGAGAAACUCUUGGGUCAGACACAUACAAGGAAGUCGAUUUUUUCUACAAGUUUGCUUCUGAAUUACUUUUAAGGGAGGUGGGCACAAUUAUUCAAAGUAACCCAUCUGACGAAAUCACGAACGAACUUGAAACUCAACUUGAGGAUGACUUCAGCAAGAUCUUGACUACAUACACACUUGCUAAUGGAGAAAUCAUUACAUACAUAUUAAAAACGGAAGAGGAAGAUUAUCAAAGUCGUUCCAGUAUCUAUAACCCACAUCAUCCACCUCCGGUCAAACAAAAGAUACAACCAGUAUUUUCUUCAGUAGUAUCCAAGUCAAGUUUAGAUACGACACCUACUUUGGUUGCGGAGCCAUUUACUGUGACAAAAGUUGUACCCACGAUAAAGGAUUCCUGUUCGAGUAACUUGUUGGAGAAUAUCUCUCCCUCGAGUGCUACAAUUCCACCUCCAUUGGAAGGUCCAACUAACAUUUUGCAUGACUUUUUUCAUCCAACUUGGUAUACUGUUGCUAUGCCUAAUUGGUUGACUUAUAAAGCGUUGAGUUUGAAGCAGGGAAUUGAGUUACCACAAUAUGCCGAUCUACCAAUUGCCUCGAAUGAACCUCCUACAUUGAAUUUAUUGCGAAACCGUGGUAUCGAAAAAGGAGGUGCCAACUCUUCAUGGGGCCUGGGUCACAACUACCAAUCAUUUGCCCCAACGAGAGAUGGGAAAGGUGCUGUAGUUUCGGACAGACUUAAAGCCAAUAUAUGGUUGAAUCACAUUGGCCUUGCUGAGAUUGAAAAGCUCAAAAAAAGCUUCGUUCGUGAUAAUGAUACUAUGGACGAGGAUACAGAAGUGGAAGACGUAGAAAGCACCCUGUGCACUCAACAAGAAUCCACAAAGUCAGUUGAGAACGAAAGGAAAGAAAAUUUAGAACUUGAGGAGGUUAAUGAGAAUGUCUUCAAGGUGAAGGAUGAAAAUGAAGAAGUAAAAGAACUGGUUAUCAAUUUGACAAAUUUGCUAAAAUGGGACCCUCUGGAAAUAAGAAGUUUAAAAUUUUUAAAAGCACAUCGUCUGCAAUUGUUGGCGCCCUCGAAGCUACAAGGUCUAAUCUCAAAUAAUUUAUUGAAACUCAACGAAUUGCGUCAAGAAAGGUAUCUUAGAAGUAACGCUGGUAAUCCCCACCCACCUGAUGAUGAAGAAAAACAGUUGUACAAGUGCGUGCAAAGUUUGAUAUUAGUUGCUAUGAAGUUAUAUAAUGUUGGCCCAGGUGGUUUAGGUUUUAAAGCCAGCAACAAAAUCCCUACUUUAGUCAGCGAGUACAAUGGAACAUUACCAGGCAUGCCCUCGUCACGAAAUUUUAUUGGAUCAGGUCCACAAAUAACAACAAACCAUAUUACCAGGCCUGGUAGAUUGCCAAAUUUGCGGUCUACUUCUACUCGUGGAAGAAGAAGACUUCAUUAG